UCGUCUCUCUUUGCUCUGACUGAAACCUCCCCCUCAGUCUGCACGUCCUUUCUAUCCUUAGCAUUUCGCGUCAACCAUCUCUACGCACUGCUCCGUCCGUGCUCCAGUCCAUAUCCAGAUUGUCCGCUAUUAAAUCCUCCAGACAAUGACCGUAUAGUUCUGCCUGGAUCUCUACUGCCACCUGCUGUUCGGACGUGGCUAUUCAAUUCCAAUUCUGGCCAUAUUUUUUUUUUAGCAAAAUAUUGCAUUUGUCUAUUCCCAUCGCAUACUUGUCUGUCAUUGCAUUCCCAGCCCUCAGAAUUUGUCUUAGUCACGCAACUCCGACAACAUGUCUAUGAAUUCUGGUAACAGCGGGCAGGUGAUCGAGUACAUUCAAGAUCGCCUAUACCUCGCAUCUUAUGACUUUACACCAACUGCGGCGACUCCGUUUCCAUAUCCUCUGGAGCAGCCGAAAUCGCCUAGCAAACGGCCAGGAAAGUCUGCAAAGGCACGGGGUCCUGUGUACUUCACGAUUGAUGAUACACUGCUUUACAAUUCCUUCCAUGCAGAUUUUGGCCCUCUUCAUAUUGGGCAUCUGUAUCGGUUCGCCGUUUAUUUCCAUGAAAUCCUCGGCGAUCCUGCAAACAGUGAUCGGCCGGUGGUCCUGUAUAGCAGGACUGACGCACGGAGCCGUGCGAAUGCUGCCUGCUUAGUCGCUUGUUACAUGGUGCUAAUCCAAUCCUGGCCACCACAUCUCGCCCUUGCCCCUAUAGCUCAGGCUGACCCUCCAUACAUGCCAUUCCGGGACGCGGGAUAUAGCCAGGCAGAUUUUAUAUUGAGUAUCCAGGACGUUGUGUACGGAGUGUGGAAGGCCAAAGAACAGUCCCUCUGCGGCCUCAGAGACUUUAACCUUGAGGAGUACGAGAAAUAUGAACGAGUCGACAUGGGCGACUUCAACUGGAUUACGUCGAAGUUCCUAGCAUUUGCCUCGCCACAGCAUCAACCGGUAGCGGUCAUUCCCCGCAACACCCCCGAAUAUAAUGCAUUGCCAUCUACUAUUCCUGAAGUGCUUGCAUCAAAACUUCCUGUUCCAUUCAAAAAUGUGCUGGCGCACUUUGCAUCUCGAAACGUUGGUCUAGUUGUGCGAUUGAAUUCGGAGCUCUAUUCGCCUUCUUACUUUACAGCCUUGGGAAUUACCCAUGUCGACAUGAUAUUUGAAGAUGGGACUUGCCCUCCCUUACCAUUGGUUCGUCGAUUCAUAAAAAUGGCUCACGAGAUGAUUACCGUCAAAAACAAAGCAAUUGCUGUACACUGCAAAGCAGGUUUGGGUCGUACGGGUUGCCUGAUUGGCGCCUAUCUGAUCUAUAGAUAUGGAUUCACAGCGAACGAGAUCAUUGCAUUUAUGAGAUUCAUGCGGCCUGGCAUGGUAGUUGGCCCACAGCAGCACUGGUUGCAUCUCAACCAGGGUUCUUUCCGAGAGUGGUGGUUUGAGGACACAAUGAGGGAGAAGUUGGCUUUGGCUGCUCCUCCUGUCACCCCCGGCAGACCUUCUGCCUCCAAGCGUUCUGCCAACGGCCCAGUCGCCACGCCACCGAACAACCAUCACACAAAGCGUGCUGCGCUUGGGGAAAUUGACCACAAUGAGGGAGCGGGAUCUUAUGUGGAAGACAAUCUCCCAGCGCCCACUCCUGGCCAGCCUCGAAAGUCUCACAGGAAGGACUCUCGGCACCAUCCUUACUCUCGCACGGUGUCUGGCAGUCUUACUGUAGACAGGGAAAUGGGCAGAACCGGAGAUCAGAUCAACCACAAGAACCAUCGAUCAACGAAUGACUGCAGCGAGAGUGAAGAGGAAAUCCAACUUCGCAUGCUUGCGAAACGACCAUCUAGAUCACCAGUGGCAUCCCUUGGUCAGCGAUCCGUCAGCUACUCUGCUGCAUGUGUGACCGCUAGCUAUACUUUGACGGAUGAAGCAGAAGACAGAGAGAACUGGGGGGAAUCUGGGUAUGGAGCUCCUAAGACCCCCAUUAGCUCAAAAUGUGGUUCUGGCUCGAUCUCUGUUUCCAAAGUACGGUCAAGUCCCCGAAGGGUCACAGAUAGCAGGAGCGAAUCUAGAGGAAUCCGCAAAGUCAGUAGCCGGAUUGGCAGCACCGGGAGCCCUACACGGGUGAAGUAGACUCCUGCGUCUUUGGCCUCUCCCUCUUCUUCUAUUCUUUACUUCCGGACAGUCAUUGUUUCUGGUCGAUAUCUUUUUUCUCCAUUACAUUUUUAUUCUUGUGGUCUAUUCUUCCCGAUCCCUUCCCCGUGUUUCAGCGAGACUGGGGGAACAGUAUUGCAUAUCCAUGCCAUUGCGGGAAUGUUUACCUUAGUUUGUCUGACACAGGGCUUUAUUUGUUUUGCUGGUCAUGGAAUUGCUUUUUGGUCUCUCUCAUGUUUUCUUCGCGAGGUUAUUAUUCCCGUUGGCGAAAUGGCCGAUGGCUUGGAGAUACGGCGUACGGUUGCAAUAUUCUUAUGGUUGGAUGAUUCGAAGGCUAGCAUUAGAUAGGACAUCAUCAGUCUCUCAAGAUGUUCGUGGCCCUAUCUACUCUUGUUUGGAUUUCAUGGCUGUGAUAGCGGCGGUGUUUUAUUUCGAUGUGUGCUGUAUAUGAUUGACCUGAAGACUUGGAGAUGCAGGUAAAGCACUGUAGAACCACGUUAAUGGACCCUGGAAAUAAACCGCAUUCCAUGCUGAAGGCCUUAGUGUCUCCCAUUUCAGUUUUCCGUGAACUAGUGUAGUAGUACCUUGCCGUCCUCAUCUCUCCAUUCCAGGUUGGCAUUGUCAUACCAAUCAAUAUCCAACUUCAAUUACCUCCGAAAAAUAGUCCGUUCAUAGGCAUUCCAGAAUCCAUUGAGAGGCAUAUAUCUCAUCAAUCAUAACAAUAAUUCCGUCGUAUAAAAAACAAAAAAAAAGAAAAAAAGCCCCACGCCAAACCCAAAAUAUUGAACUCCACCAUCUCAUAAAAAUGAAGCCGAUAAACCCGAAUAACAAACAAAAACAUUCAUACCAUCCAUAACCAGUCACUAGUAGCCGGACGUUGCUCACGGAAGUAAUACGCUCUGUGACAGAGGGGGCAGUUGAAAUGGUGCUGCAAGAACCAUUUCUCGAGACAUUCCUUGUGGAACACAUGCAAACAUUUGAGUUCGUGGAUUUCUUGGGAUCCCAGGACGGGAUCGAGACAGACGGCGCUGGAAUGAAAGAAAAUAAGUUUAUGGAUUUGAAGAAUUAAAAAAAAGGGACGAAAGUAAGUGUAUAAAAAAGGUACUGAUAAUUAGUUACCAUGUAAAUUGACUGUCGAUUGAUCCAGCAUCAGCAUCAGCUGCAAAUCGAUCGACCUGGUUUUUGAUGCGUGUCCACCACUCCUCCAGCGUGCGAGUGGGCGAGACAGCGUCCAGUUUGCGUAGUCGUUCUACCGUUCCCUUGUUGGGUUCUCGGCGACGUUGAUGGCGGUUGAAGAAGAGGGUCAUGCUGGUGAAAUCCCGUAUUACAUCUUUCAUGCACGUAUAUAUAUUCGGUAUCAUAAUUUGUUUAUACCUGGGAUAUCUUGGAAGCCUUUUGAGUAGGAAGGAAGAAUGAAUUGUAAAUAAACCGACACGAUGGGCGUUCCCAACUUAUAUAUGCGUCGAUUAAGAGACGAUCAAUGCGAAUCCCAGUUCCACGAGGAUCAUGUGAUGGUAAUGAUGAUGAUGGAUGAAUGAACUGAGGGAAAUCCAGGUAGGGCGAUAUAUCGGAUUAUAUUAUUAUAAUAGCAAGGCAAGUCAGUGCUAUCUUGGCCUGACAAUCGCUACGCAGUCUUCCAGUGAUGGCAACAGCACGCAUCUCACGGAAAG